AUGGCGACUCAAGAACGGAAACUCCCCUUUGGGAAGAUUGAACCCAAUUCAAUGAAAUACUUCCUCAGCUGUGGUCUUGGUGGUAUCAUUGCUUGCGGACCGACACAUACCGCUGUGACCCCUCUUGAUCUUGUCAAAUGCCGCCGUCAGGUUGACCCCAAAAUUUACACCUCCAACAUCUCCGCAUGGCGCUCCAUAUUUGCCAAAGAGGGCUUGCGCGGCGUCUUCUUCGGAUGGUCGCCCACCUUCAUCGGCUACUCAUUCCAGGGUGCCGGAAAGUAUGGUCUCUACGAAUACUUCAAGCACCUCUACGGCGACACCAUGUUCCCCGAGACCAACCGCACACUCGUCUUCCUCGGUGCAUCAGCAUCCGCUGAAUUCUUCGCUGAUAUGGCUCUCUGCCCGCUCGAGGCGAUCAAAGUCCGUAUGCAGACCACUUUGCCGCCUUAUGCGAAUAACCUCCGGGAAGGAUGGAGCCGCGUGGUUGCCAAGGAGGGUAUGGCAAGUCUGUACAAGGGAUUGUAUCCAUUGUGGGCACGCCAGAUCCCCUACACCAUGACUAAGUUCGCCACUUUCGAGGAAACCGUCAACCAGAUCUAUGGGUACCUGGGAAAGCCCAAGGAGAGCUACGGACAAUUAACGCAGACUGGUGUGAGCUUCCUGGGUGGUUACAUUGCCGGUAUUUUCUGCGCCGUCGUCAGUCAUCCGGCUGAUGUCAUGGUCAGCAAGUUGAACGCCGACCGAAAGUCUGGUGAGGGUGCCAUGAAGGCGGUCUCGCGCAUUUAUGGCAACAUCGGAUUCUCCGGCCUCUGGAACGGACUUCCCGUGCGUAUUGUUAUGCUGGGUACCCUGACUGGCUUCCAGUGGUUGAUUUAUGAUUCUUUCAAGGUCUUCCUGGGCCUUCCCACCACUGGUGGACAUUAG